UACGUAAACGCGUGGGAAACGGGGCGUGGUUUACCCCGCCCACUAGCUGCGCACCAAUUAGAAUCGCCGCCGGACAAUGGCGUUCAAGCUGCAGGACUUCGGAAAGGUGAUUCUACCUGUUUUAGAUGUCAUGUUUAUAGUCUCUAUGGACGUGUAGACAACGUGGCGGGCAGUGGGACUGUUGUUCGUUCUCCUGCCGUUCUCCAGCUGCCUGUUCUACUGGUGUCGGAGUACCAACAGUCUGGCUCUCUCCUCCUUUGCCUACCUCACCCUCUUCAACAUUGGAAGUCUGCUGACCUGUGCUCUGUCUGUCUUGGUCUCAAAGCAGCAGCCUACUCCCAAGUUCUCUUAUGGGUACUUACAUACAUUCUCUUGUAAUACAUCAGAAGCCUAUUCUUUUGCAGUAGAUCCAUGAAGCCCGUUGGUACCAUAAUUUAUCAUGUCCACAAGUUUACAUUUGUUUGAGGACUAUAUACCAAGAUGAUAUCGUUGCACUGGCACCAUACCUCCUCAGGUUGAUUUGUGUGUCUGUGUUGAUUGCGUUAGGUUGGAGAGACUGAACGUUCUGGCCGUGUUCUCCACCACCAUCAUCCUCAUCCUGGCUGGCCUCAAUCAGAUCAAACUGUGCUCCGAAAGACUGUUUGACCCUCCACAAGUCUCCACAGACAACAUGUUGCUGGCAGUGGUUCUCGGGCUGACACUGCACCUGACAGUGAUGUUGAUGGUUGACAAUAAACCUCUGGCGCAUGCUGCUCAUGCUGCCACUCCUAACUGGCUACAGAGCAUGUUGAAUGAUGUGGGACAUAGUGUUGGUAGCAUGUUCCCUGGUCUGGGCCAUCUCCUGCUGCUGAGACUCAACCCAAUCUCUCUCCUGGCACUGGGGCAGAGUCUCUCCGUCCUCACGGCCAAGAUCUUCAUCGACUUUGAUGAGCUGUAUCUGGCUGAUGUGGCUGGAGCCCUCUUCAACACAGCUCUCAUCUGUGGCACGAUGCUUCCUCUCUCCAUCUACUGCGGCAAGAUAUUACUCCAGACGGCACCUGAGCAUUUACUACCACUUCUGGACAAGUCCCUGAGGGAGGUGUCAGCUCUAGAUGGAGUGUUGGAGCUGAAGGGAGAACACUUCUGGACUAUAGCAUUUGGCAGCUACGCUGGGUCGGUACAUGUGAGGGUGCGGAGAGAAGCUGAUGAACAGGAGGUGCUGUCACAGGUCCACUCCUGCCUCUCCAGUCAGAUCAACGACCUCACUGUACAGGUGGUGAAAGACGACCUCAUCAUUCCCACAGCCCCACCCACUAACAUUCCAGUGGGUGUGGUCUCCCCCACCCUCCCAUGCCCACCUCCUCACCAGACUCACUCUCACUCUCACUCACACUCACACUCUCAUGCAACACCUCACAGUGUUGUGGUCAAUCUGUAAAAAAUUUACGAAUCCAACAAAUUUUGGUGAGCAAUAGAGUCGUGGGGACUGACACCAUAGGUGCCGGGUUCGAAUCCUCGAUCCCUCGCUAAAGUGUCAGGUGGUCCAGAGCAUUGGCUGGGAACAGCUCUGGUUCCUCCCCUUACCCACAAAUCUACCACU